UCAGCAAGUUGGAGAAUAGUGAAGGGCAGAUGCGUUUCCCCCACGUCUACCACUGCAAGUUGGGAGCAAGAUAUCAUAAAAGGAGAUGAAAAAGGCAUCCAUCCCCGUCAUCUCACUUUCGAGGGAUCUGGCAAAACUAAGAUAAGGCCUAGCCUUAUUCUUUGUUUGUUCCAAUGAGAAACGGUUCUUUAAGAAUAAUUAGCAAAAAUGGUAGGUAAUAAACAAAGUUGGUUCCCUUUAACACACACACCCACAAUUCAACACGCACCAUUACAGGACAAGCCCAAGAAAAGUGAGAAAAAAUGGUUAGAAGUCCUCUUAGAUCAAUUAGCAAUAGUAUCCAUGGUUAUCCUUUCAGUAAAGUAUUAUCUUGCGUCAAAGACUUAGCGUAGGAUCUAAGUUGGUCUACGAAUUUGGUGGAUGGAUAUGAACCCUGCGGGAAAAAAAAUAUUUCCUUUGAAGAUGGAAUCUAGCUUUUCAUAUUAUAAAGAACCAUCCAUUUUUAUGCCACCUUCACAACACUGCAAGCCUUCCUCUGUAUCGCAAGCACGCCAAUGUAUUGCUUGAACUUGGGAAAGAGGCUUUUGCCAGCCAGAAAGGCUUGGAGGAACUUCACCACCAAGCUUCAAAGCAAACUGCACAAGCUCCAGAAGUCUAAAUCCAUCAAGAAGAAAACCCCCUGCCAAAGGAAGGCUUUCAAGAGAACUAAAUACCGGACCAGCACUGCAGUUCUUCGGCCCUCAGUAUCGUCUCAGCCCCAUCUUCAGCAUAAAAAACAGUUAAUCCAGCCGCCCAACACGCUUGCUGUUCAGUAUCGUCGAAGCCAUGUAGUGCAGAAGAGGGCUGCACCUGUAUAUGUGGAUGAGCUCUUUAACGAGCCCAUCUCCAAGGAGGUAGAGCCCCUCCAAACAACAGCAGUCGCAGCAGGAGGAAGCAAGGGUGCUACUGCAAGGUGUCCACCGAGCACGAAGAGGAUGAAAGUUCUUAACCAACCAGCUAUGCUGCCAGGAUCAAGCCAGGAAAGGGGGAAGUGCAGCAGUGAUCAAAAGACACGCGGAGCAGAUGAAAUGUGGGAAUCUGUGGGAUUGGCAUCACCACUGAUGUAUGGAAUAGAUGAAAGGGCAGAGGAGUUCAUAGCAAGAUUCAGGGCGGAUUUGGCCCGCGGAGUAUAGCACACUCAAGUGCCAGAUAGAAUUUAGAUCUAAUCUUAGAACUCUUUUUGGUAUGUAUUUCAGUUUGUAAAGGAGUUGAUGAUGUGAAUGAAAAAGAAAGGGGGGUUCAUUUGUACCCGCACCCAACUGUUUAAA